AUGGAUCUUUCAAGACCCAAGAUUGCUGCAUCAUCAUCGUCUUCGCAAACUGCAACCACCACUUUUGCAUCCCCCAAACUAAGUUAGGUCUCUAGUUUUUCUAUCUCAUCACAUCAUUGUCUAUCGCAAUGGAAUCCAAGUUUGCCUCCUGGCUGGAACGCUGUCAGAAUGUACAAAAGCCCGACGACGCUAUAGUAAAGGGUUUGCAGUCGGAAGCUCGUGACUCUUUUGCUGCUGGAUCGAAAAAUGAGAAAUCAUUGGCCAAGCUGUUUCAGACCAUGGGUCCAGGAUUGACGGCAGAGAGUUUACCGAGCCGAAUCUAUGCUUUGAGUAUUAUCUGCGGUGCCGUGGAAGGAUGUCAGCAAAAAUCGGAAUUGACCAUGGCGACUGCCAAUCUUUUGCGAGAUUUUUUCUUGGAACAGUGUGGGCCCAUUCAAGAAGAAGACGACACUACUAGUAGUAGUUGGGGCGAAGAUUACGGUGAACAAAUUCGAGAUACUGCCGUCAAAUGCCUCUCGGCUCUACUGAGUUGUCAGUUGGAGAAUUCACAAGGUGACCUCAAAAAGUUGACGGGAUACUGCGUGUUUUAUGGCGCAGCUGCCAAAGAUGGCGUGACGAGACGCUGUGCGCUUGCCGAAGAUUCUCAAAUUAUGCCAUAUCGCAACACCAGCGAUGUCACCAAUGGGUUAUCGACACUUCCUCGGUCAAGAAGAUCCUUGUGCUUUAAUCUGCUACAAUCUGCCGUUGUCAGUGUGGAACAUCUUGUCAAAAGCAACGCACAGACAGAGCUGCUGGCCAAAUUGGCCAAAAAAGUGGAAUCUGAAAUGAAUGGCUUUGUAACAUUCGCCUGCACAUGUAUGCAAGGAGAGUCAGAUCCGCGUUGCCUGAUGCAAAUGCUCAUUCUACUACACAAAAUUCAACAGGCAAUGCAGCCACUUUUUAACGCUGGCAAACUAGCCUCCUUUCCCAUUGUGGCCGUGUUUGAUUCCGUGGCACCCUACUACCCGAUCAACUUUACACCACCUCCCAACGACAACCAUGGCAUCACGCGAAAGGGACUGAACGACGCCUUGAUGGCUGUCCUUUGUGAUUCCACUUUUGAUCAGCUGCUGUUGAAAAAGAAAAAGAACCAAGAUACUAUGACAAGUCUUUGUCUGGGACUCGUCUUGGAACGCUUGAUGCCCGUGGAUGGAGAUGAUAGCAAUGUGGCAUCGUCCUCGUCGGAAAAGAAAGAGGCUUUGGACGAUAUCGCCGCAAUCCUCAUGCCUGGGAACGAGAAAUCAUCAUCCUCCAAUCAUAAUUUCGACUGUCUCCAUGAUGCAUCAGUACAGCAGUUGUCCAAUGCCUUGAUUAUUUCCCAUCACGAAGCAGCUGUGGGCGUGCUCAUGGGCAUUAAUGUCCAAGACGACAAACUAUUGGCGGAUUCGUGCCGAUCCCUCGUCUCUCGAAUCGCAGCUUGCUUGGAAACUGUCAAGGACAAGAAAAUGUGGACCGUCUUUGUCAAAGACUCCGUUACCAGAAUGGCCGCCGAACUUGACAAGCAAAAUGAGGGGCGCAUUGCCAUUGCCUACUUGGCUGCCUUGGUGACAAGUGGAGCGCCCCAAACGAUUCGAGUAGUGAUGGAUUCUUCCGUCGGCAAAUUGAUCACUGUCGUCAAGGGAUAUUCGUCAGGUGACGAGGAGGCUGCCACGUUGGCGGCGUUUGGCAUUGGAGCUUUCUUCUCGGCAUCCAAGGUAGCCAUGGACAAGGCACUUGCAAACGGAUUUGUGAUCAAUCCCCAUCCUGUUGAUGCGUUUGGCUCCAAGGCUUUCCAGGCCUUGUAUUCCAUUUAUGUAGACUCGAACGCAUCCACGGCACUUCGAACAGCUUCUGUUUUUGCGCUGGACUCUGUCUUGCGCGUGAGCUCCUUUAAUGGCUUUGAAAUCACAGAGCAGGUGCAGAUAGGAGAGUUCGUGUCACAGCUGGCCAGCGGUGUCCUGCAAGCCACGGAUACCGAAGAGGAACUUGAGAAAGAUGCUCUCGAUUUGGUCCAAGCUAGUGCAAACACGUUGGGUGGCAUGGUGGGGAAGGCGUUGGCGGAUGACAAUUCACAAGGAGAAGGCACGGCAAAGGACAACAUUCUGCAAUCUGAUCGCAUUAAAGAUGUGCUCAAGAGCAAAGUGCUAGUCGACCUCCUCUUUCGAGCGAGGCAAGGUACGCAUACGAAGAGUAAGCAGCGAAGGUUUGACCGCAUUGCACUUGCUCGAGCAUGUUCGUCGUCCUUGGCGGCCGCCACUGCCGCUAUUGAAGCUUUGCUCCACGCUCUGCGCGAUUCUCUGUCGGCGGAUCGAUUCGAUAGUCGGGUCGUAGUUGCCCGUGCAGGGGCUCUGUCCUACGUGCUCAAGCAUGGAGGAGACGUAGCUGCUCGCGCCCUUCAUGAGCUAUCAGCACCGAGCGUCACCGUGCACGAUGUCCUCCAAUUGCUGUGGGAUUUGGAUCCUCGAAAAGCGGCAAGGCUAGAUGGUGAAGAGGACCAAAACAUGACGAGCCUUGAUCUUCCUCCAACGAGCGAAGAGGUGCAGAGGGCCCAACAAAUGAAUCGAAAGAUUGUCUCCUCCUUGCUUCCUGCCUACACCACAUGGGUGCCAAAGGCAGAGGCUAUGAAGCUAUUAUCGCAAGUUUCAAACAUCUUGCCUCCCUUGUCCGACGGGGAUUCUAUCAAGUUGUCCAUCUUGUUGCCACUCCUCGCGGCGGCUCUUGAGAAUGGCAAUCUCCCUCAACUGUCUUCCAAUUCUGCAGCCUUUGGAUUGGCUAUUUCUACGUGCAGUGAGUUGGCGCAGUACACACUCGACAGUGGUUACGAGCCCGCGUCACGGACUGCAGCAGCUUCGUGUCUGUAUUCCUACAUCGUCAACUUUUCAGACCGAACCCAAGCAAACUGCACAGCGAAACAAUUGCUAGUGGAAGUUGUUACCCCAGCGCUGAUUGAUGCAUCCAACGAAUUGCGGGAGCCAAACCCGGUGGUAGAAGGGAAAGUCGUUGACUGUUUGAAUCUGUGCUCUAUUGUAGGAUCAGCAGCUGCGGCGAUGGGGGGCAAAUCUGUCAACACUGCUGACGAGCUUUCAAAGUUUUUCGUCCUGCUGGCAUGCAAUAAGAAGGCGGAAGCUCCGUUUUCGGAGACAUCGGAAAUCGAUUUCAGCAAGUUAGGAGAUGAAUCGCUGUCGAUCAUGAUGACUUCUGCAGAGUGCUUUGGGUCCUUUCUGUGCCACGGAAAGAGCCCGAUAUGGACUCAGCGGCAGUCACACAAGGCAAUGAAGCUGCUGGAGCCAACAAUGAAGCUUGCUGCCGAACGACAAACCACUACGUCUUGUGACGUCGGCUUCAUUGCAAUCCUUUGCCAUAUCGUUUGCUCCGGCAACAUCAAGUGUAUGAGUUUGUCAGAUCGGGGACAUUUUGUAAAGCUCAUUGUGCAAAGUCUUGUUUCGGGCCUCUUCGACAGCGACAACCUCAAAACGGUGAAAAAGCUUGUAGUUGCUUCUGUGAUGAAGUUGCUGCAUCUUUACCCAGGCUUGCUGUCUAACUACAUAGAAUCAGCCAUGGUAGGCCUGCUCCGUGCCUUUGCGGGGGCUCCUGGGUCAGACCCGGUGUCAGAUAUUGCGUGCAAGUUGCUCAUCUUGCAAGUCAUGGAAAGCCUCUGUCACAUAGAAAUAAGAAAGAAGGCGCUCCUGGCCAUCAAACCAGCCAUCAACUCAAUUUUGAGUGUGGCCAUGAAUCACCCAUCCCGAGCGAUCCGAGAGGCAUCCGUUCGUGUACAAAACACAUGGUAUACCCUAGAAUAAUUGUUCAUAAUCCAGAUUCAUGGCCUCC